AUGGAGCACUCCAGGAUUAAUAAUGGUAAAUCAAGUAUUGGAUUUGAAAAGUUAGGCAGUCAUGAUCUGCUGGUUUGGAUCAAAUCUACAACUACAUGUAUUCAUAAUCUCACGAGUCUAGCUAAAGCAUCUUCCAUUCUUAGGAACUUUUUAGGUAAUGGCAUGGACAGUUUACCCAAUAAAUUGAAAUCAUUUAAGUUAUAUUUCAAUGAUUAUUUAACGGUUCUGGAACUAUGUAAUCGUGCCAAACUGUUGAUCAAACGUUUCUUUAACUGUAGUGCUAAAGAAUGUGAGAUCAGGUGUUUGUUGUUAGCUGUGUUACGUGCUUUCACUUUUUUUAUCCAAGAUUGGCUCAAAUAUGUAGAAGUUGUCAAUUUAGAUUCACUAAAACAUUUUGAGCUUGCCAAUUGCAAUUUGCUUACUCGAUGUGAACAUUCAAACAAGAUAAAAUCUUUUACUCAACCGUCAAAUAGGGAUAUGAAGAUUAAAGUAGAAGAUAAAUCUGGUUUUUUGGUUUCUUCGGUACCUAAAUGA